UCUACAUCACUUACCAAGAAGAAAACUAUUGGGUGAGUUGCCUACGGCCAUCUAUAUAAGUGUGUAUUGUUUUGAGAUGAAAUCAAGCUCCUUCAAGCAAAGAAAUUCCUUCCUCUUCGGAUUCAGAUCCCCCAUCUCUUCAGGUCUUCAUGGAGACGUUUUUGUUCACAUCGGAGUCGGUGAACGAGGGUCACCCAGACAAACUGUGCGAUCAAGUAUCUGAUGCAGUUUUAGAUGCUUGUCUGGAGCAGGACCCCGACAGCAAAGUCGCCUGCGAGACCUGUACCAAGACCAACAUGGUCAUGGUCUUUGGCGAAAUCACCACCAAAGCUAAUGUCGACUAUGAGCAGAUCGUCCGCAAGACCUGCAGAGAAAUUGGGUUCAUCUCCGAUGAUGUGGGUUUGGAUGCAGACAAGUGCAGAGUGCUUGUCAACAUUGAACAGCAAAGCCCUGACAUUGCCCAGGGUGUUCAUGGCCAUCUCACCAAGCGCCCUGAAGACAUUGGAGCAGGGGAUCAGGGUCACAUGUUCGGGUAUGCCACGGAUGAAACCCCUGAGCUCAUGCCCCUUACCCAUGUCUUGGCCACCAAGUUGGGCGCUAAGCUUACAGAGGUCAGAAAGAAUGGCACCUGUUCAUGGCUGAGACCUGAUGGAAAAACCCAGGUCACAAUUGAGUACAAAAAUGAAAAGGGCGCCAUGGUUCCCCUGAGGGUCCACACUGUUCUCAUCUCUACCCAGCAUGACGAGACUGUCACUAAUGACCAGAUUGCUGCAGAUCUGAAGGAGCAUGUGAUCAAGCCGGUGAUCCCUGCAAAAUACAUGGAUGAGAACACCAUAUUCCAUUUGAAUCCAUCUGGGCGUUUUGUGAUUGGAGGACCCCAUGGAGAUGCAGGGCUGACUGGAAGGAAAAUCAUCAUUGACACAUAUGGGGGAUGGGGAGCUCAUGGAGGAGGAGCAUUCUCUGGCAAGGAUCCAACCAAGGUGGAUCGCAGUGGAGCAUAUAUAGUUAGACAGGCUGCCAAGAGUGUUGUUGCAGCUGGGCUUGCCAGGAGGUGCAUUGUGCAGGUUUCCUAUGCCAUUGGUGUGCCUGAGCCUCUCUCUGUGUUUGUGGACUCCUAUGGUACUGGUAAAAUUCCUGACAAGGAAAUCCUCAAUAUCAUCAAGAACAGUUUUGAUUUUAGGCCUGGUAUGAUUUCAAUCAGUCUGGAUUUGAAGAGGGGUGGAAAUGGGAGGUUCCAAAAGACUGCUGCUUAUGGUCACUUUGGCAGAGAUGACCCUGACUUCACUUGGGAAGUCGUUAAGCCUCUCAAGACCUCAGUAUGAGGCUUUUCUUUCCAACGGCAAGUAUAAAUAAACUAUUUGGGCAAUACCCAUUUAAGUUUCUAGUGUGGGGAAGCCUGCUAUGCUCAACAACUCUCAAGAAUUUGGUAAAACAAAAAAAAAUUGGCAUUGAAAACUUGCCUUGCACAUUGUAGGGUGCUAUAUACAUCUCAGGGUCAAGAUGUUUGAAGAAAAGUGAUUGUGUUUCUGUUUGAAGAAGUAUAAUCAUGUAGCAGUCUUCAGUUUUUGUAUGCUUAUGAUAUAUAUAUAAGUGUAUCACUGUCAGUGUAAGCUUUUUUUGUUCUUUUUAUAAGUGAAAUUUGGAAAAUCUCUAUUAUACUCUGCCAA